AUGGUUAUCCAUGGACACAAGUUUCAAAAAGAUAAAGUGACAUUCAAUGGCCUUGUGGAGUUAGAUGGAGCACCUAAACGGUUGACGGGAAUUGAGAUUCUUAAGCAAUUGAAUAAUGUUAAAAACAAGUUUGGUAAAGAUCUAUUGGCCAAAUCUCGUAAAAGGAAAUGGGAUGAUGUUGAUAAUUUGGUGCAAAAUAUAUGGAACAAAAAGAGCAUAUUUUUUGGGUUGGAAUACUGGAAAGACAAUAUGAUUUGUCAUAAUCUUGAUACGAUGCAUAUUGAAAAGAAUGUCUUUGACAAUAUAUUUUGGACAUUAUUGAAUGUUGAUGGAAAAGGAAAAGAUAAUUUAAACUCCCAUUUAGAUUUACAAGAGAUGGGGAUCCGAAAAGCUUUGCAUCCUAAGAAAAAGGCUAAUGGAAAAUAUUAUCUUCCUCCUGCAUGUUUCACAUUGAGUAACACACAAAAAAACAUCCUCUUACAAGUGUUAAAAGAUGUGAAAGUGCCAGACGGAUAUGUUUCAAAUAUCUCAAGUUGUGUUGAUCUCAAGCAACGCACAAUGCAUGGGUUGAAGAGUCAUGACUGCCAUAUUUUAAUGCAACAACUCCUUCUUAUUGCCUUGUGGAAUCUCCUGCCAGUGAAUGUACUUAAGCCAUUGAUUGAAUUAAGUAAUUUCUUUAGGGGCAUUUGUUCAAAAGAUCUGAAGAUAGGUGACUUAGAAAAACUCCAAGAUCAAGUUGCAAUAACUCUAUGUCAUUUGGAGAGAAUAUUUCCUCCAUCUUUCUUUGAUAUCAUGGAACAUCUACUUAUCCAUUUAGCUGAAGAAGCAAUGUUGGGAGGACCUUCACAAUAUCGCUCAAUGUGGUUUAUCGAACGGUUCUUGCUUUGUCUUAAAAACUACGUAAGGAAUAGACGUUAUCCAGAAUGUGCGAUUGCAGAGGGACGUUGGAUAGACGAAUUAAUGACGUUUUGCCAACUCGUAUUGAGGUGUUCAAAAAAACUCACAUUAGAGCGAAUAAACAUCCAGUAA